AUGUUGCUCUUGGCUCGCAAGAAGGAGGAACUAGCACAGACUGCCAAAUUGUGUGAGUCAGAAAAUGUCAAAGUAAUUCACAACUCUGUGGACCUAUCGGUAGCGUCUGAGAAAGAGAUGUUUGACACGAUUAUAAAUGCAUUAACUGGAUAUAAAGUUACUGAUUUCACUGCUAGUCUUAUUUUCCACAAUGUUGGGUCUCUUGGCAACCUAUCCAUUGAAACCUCACGUAUUGAAGAAGUGCAAGAGUUGAGGGAAUAUUAUGAUCUGAAUGUUUUUAAAGUUAUCUCUCUGAAUACUCAAUUCCUUAAAAUCUUUGGAGAUGUUGAAGACCGCAUUAUAAUAGUCAACAUAACAUCUUUGUGUGCAAUUAAGCCAAUGAGUGGAAUGGCCUACUAUUGCAGCGGAAAGGCUGCAAGGGAGAUGUACUUCCGUGUCCUGGCAGAGGAGAAAAAAAAUAUUGUAAUACUCAAUUACUCCCCAGGACCAGUCGAGACAACUAUGAUUGAUCUAGUAAUAGACAAAACGGUGAAUGCAAACCUAAAAGAGGUGUUUACUUCUUUUAAAAACCAGGGUACUCUCCUUAAAGCUGAAACAACUGUAAGAAAAUGCAUUAAGGUUCUGGUAUCUGGCAACUUGAAAUCGGGCGAUCACAUCGACUUCUUUGAUGAUGAAUAA